GUGUAUGUACUUGUGGCUUUCUUCUUUAUCAAUAUAAGAAUUCAAUGGAGGAGCGAACUGUUUGGAUGUAACGUUUAAGAUACGUGGCCGUUAUUGGUUGGGCACGUUAACGUCAACAUCGGAAGACUCCAGCUUCUUGAAACUCGCCUACCGAGCCAUUCAGACGAGCAGAACGCGACAAGCUCUUUUGGAAAGCACGUGGCUCGGCGCUAUAAAGGGAAGAGCGAGGCACGAUGUCUGUGGCUAUCAUUCUAGCGGUCUUAACUAUUCUUCUUAUUACUGUCUACUUGCGACAGACACCAAAACGUCCGCCAGGUCCCUUUCCUUGGCCGUUUAUUGGAAGUCGAUAUUAUUUACAAAAAUUAACGCGUCAACUCGGCGGACAACACAUUGCCUUUCUGGAGCUCAGCAAGAUAUACAACAGCGGUAUCAUAAGUUUACGGCUGGGUUCUAAUAGCAUGCUUAUUGUCUCAGACAGCAAGCUUAUACACGACAUAUGCCUUAACGAGAAGUACGACGGACGUCCUUGGAAUGAAUUUACAAAGCUACGAAACAUGGGAUUGAGAAAAGGUAUCACGCUGAACGAUGGGGCGGAGUGGAAAGAAUUGCGCGGCUGGACAGUACGCACUCUGAGGAGCGUCGGUUUCGCCAAGCGGGCGAUGAUGGAUCUGCUCGUUGACGAGAUGACGCUUAUCCUGCAGAGGCUGGCGGACGGCGGCGUGCGGCAAAUACGGCCCGUGAUCGCGCCCGCGGUGAUAAAUGUUCUCUGGAUGCUGGUGACGGGCCGGAAGCCGUCCGAGAAUCUGCCGAGGCUGCAGAAGUUUAUAGAUCUGCUGGACCGUCGCGCGCAACAGUUCGAUAUGACCGGCGGCAUUCUGUCCACUUUCCCCUGGAUACGUUACAUCGCGCCGGAGAUGUCGGGGUACAACAUCCUCGUCACGUUGAACAACGAGCUCAAGAGCUUCCUAAUGGACACCAUCAACGAGCACAAGGAGCGGUAUGUCAAGGGAAAUGAGACGGACUUUAUCGAUAUGUUCCUCUACGAGAUGUACAACAGCGAGGCGCAGCGAGACAAAGUCUCCGCCGUGUUUUCAGAUGACAAUCUGCUCGUGACGUUGAUCGACUUCUUCAUCGCCGGCACCUCCAACACAACUUCGACGUUGGAUAUUCUCUUCUUGCAAAUGGCCAAUCACCAGGAGGUGCAGCGCAAGCUGCAGGAGGAGAUCGACGACGUGAUCGGUCUCCAAAGGUUUCCCAAUCUGGAAGACAGAGUCAAAAUGCCCUUCACGGAGGCGAUAUUAACCGAGUGUCAACGCAUGUGGGUCGUCACGCCUAUGAUCGGGCCACGUCGCGUUCUCGGUAACACGACCCUCAAUGGUUACAAGAUACCGGAGAACACCAUCGUCCUCAUGAACAUAUAUGCGAACAAUAUGGACCCGAAGAACUUCCCCGACCCGACUUCGUUCAAACCGGAGAGGUAUAUAAACAAGGCUGGCACCUACGAGCUCCAGGAAAAUAUCAUACUGUUCGGCAAAGGAAAGAGAAGAUGUCCCGGAGAAGCUUUGGCAAAGUCGGCUAUAUUCCUACUGUUUGUCAGCGUAAUGCAGAAGUACCGUUUACUCCCGGUGCCAGGGGAAAAAUACAUUAGAAUGGACCUGAAGACUGGACUGACAAUUUCACCGAAGCCUUAUGAGAUGCUAAUUGUCCCGAGAUAAGAUAUUGUAUCGCAGACUAUUGGAUAGAUAAGCGAGCUCUUAAUUAAAAAAACACGUUUCGAGUUUAGUUUCAUCAAAUGGACGAGUGCAAUCUACGGGCUGCACUACAAUUCUUUUAAUGUGUUACUCUUUGUUUCGUUAUUGUUCUCAGAUACGGUAAUAUUGGAAGAAAAAAGGGGAGAGAAACAAAAGAAACAGAUUACGAUACAAACGCAUUUUACAUAUAAGUUUGUAUCUUCUCCUUUUGUUCGAAAUUUAUACUUUGCAAAGUAGUUAUACUAGCGCUAAAAGCAUUAGCAUAUAGAAUAAAGUAAGAAUUGAAGAGUGGUGAAGGCUCCAAAGAAAAAUAGAGUCGAUGAAGGAUGGCCACCCAUACAGCACAAGAACGUCCAGCAACGUUGCAGCAACAUUGCAGCAACAUUGCAAUGUUGCUGCAAUGUUGCUGGACGUUCAUUGCUAUAUGGGCAAUGGGAGCCAAUAAAUGCGGGAACACAGCGCGCGGUUUAAACGUGGAAAAUAUAUUCUUUUGUUGAAACGUUUCGACCCAUGUUCGGGCUUUCUUCAGUGAUCGGAUACAACAACUAGAAUUCACAAAAAUUCACUGUGAGUUGUUACAAAGUAGUAAUCAGAAUUAAAUUAAAUAUAAAAUGGUCCGGAAGUAGAUCCCAGUUUAGAGAAAAGAAGUGUAGUAAAGGCACAGCGUGAUCGAAGGUCGAGGCGAAUCUUUUGAAUUCUAGUUGUUGUAUCAAAUCACUGAGGAAGACCCGAACAUGGGUCGAAACGUUUCAACAAAAGAAUAUAUUUUCCACGUUUAAAUCACGCACUUGCCUUCCCCCGUCGACUCUUUAAAGUAAGAAUUGAUACUAAGACAAUGUCGCAUUAUGAAUGUAAGUUUUGUAAUCAAUUAAAGUAUCAAAUACAGCAUAUUGAGCAGGA